GUUGCAUGGUGGGGGUAAGGAGACGGCGCCAUCAUGGGGGACAGCUUCCUCCAUUUGGGGGACAUCGUGUCCCUUUAUGCGGAGGGCUCUGUAUCAGGAUUCCUCAGUACCUUAGGGUUGGUAGAUGACAGGUGCGUGGUCUGCCCAGAGGCCGGCGACCUGACUGAUCCGCCCAAAAAGUUCAGGGAUUGCCUGUUCAAGAUAUGCCCUAUGAACCGCUACUCCGCUCAAAAGCAGUUCUGGAAUACUGCCAAGCAGUCGGUGAAUUCCAACACAGACACCGGUUUGCUGAAGAGGUUGCACCAUGCCGCUGAGAUCGAGAAAAAGCAGAAUGAGUUAGAGAACAAGAAGCUGUUGGGGACUGUCGUGCAGUACGGUAGCGUGAUUCAACUGCUGCACGUCAAGUCCAAUAAGUACCUCACUGUGAACAAGAGACUGCCGGCAUUGCUUGAGAAGAAUGCAAUGCGCGUUCACUUGGACGCGAAUGGCAAUGAGGGCUCAUGGUUCUACGUCAUGCCUUUCUAUAAACUACGAUCGACUGGGGAUAAUGUGGUGGUUGGAGACAAAGUGAUAAUGAACCCGGUGAAUGCUGGUCAACAAGUCCUACACGUAUCCUCAAAUCACGAGCUACCUGACAAUAGUGGCUGUAUGGAGGUGAAUGUGGUGAACUCAUCCACGUCAUGGAAGGUGACACUCUUUCUCGAGCACAAAGAAAACCAAGAGGAGAUUCUGAAGGGUGGGGACGUAGUGAGACUGUUCCACGCGGAACAGGAGAAAUUUUUGACAAUGGACGAGUAUCGCAAGAGGCAUCAUGUGUUUCUGCGUACCACCGGAAGGUCCAGUGCCACGGCUGCUACCAGCAGCAAGGCUUUGUGGGAGUGCGAGGUGGUACAACACGACCCGUGCAGAGGCGGUGCCGGCCAUUGGAACUCGAUAUUCCGGUUCAAACACCUCGCCACCGGACACUACCUGGCGGCCGAAGCUUGCAACAAACCACCAGAUGCAGUAAUGGAAGCCGGCUCGCCAGCCUACCAACUGGUUUCAGUGCCGCACUCUUCAGAGAUUGCUACUCUGUUCGAGCUGGACCCCACCACCAUGACCCACUCCGACGCGCCUGUGCCUCAGAGCAGCUAUGUCAGGUUACAGCACCUUUGCACGCAUACGUGGGUGCAUUCCACUUCGAUACCCAUUGACAAGGAUGAAGAGAAACCCGUCAUGUCUAAAGUGGGCUGCUCAAUAGUGAAGGAAGACAAGGAAGCUUUCGCGUUAAUAUCGGUGUCCCCGAGCGAGGUUCGGGACUUGGACUUCGCUAAUGACGCGUGCAAGGUGCUGUCGGCCCUGUCGACCAAGCUGCACCUGGGCAACAUCGAGCACAACGAGAGGAAGGCUCUGACAUGCCUCCUCCAAGACAUCGUGUACUUCAUAGCGGGCUUCGAGAACGAGCCCAACAAGUCCGAGGCCCUCGACCUGGUGGUGGAGAACCCCAACAGGGACAGGCAGAAGCUGCUGCGGGAGCAGUACAUACUGCGGCAGCUGUUCAAGAUACUGCAGGGCCCAUUCCAAGAGACCGCUGAGGGCGAGCCGUUCUUGAAGAUCGAGGAGUUGUACGACCCUCGCUACGCCCCCUACAAGUACAUGUUCCGGCUGUGCUACCGGAUAUUACGGCUGAGUCAGCAGGAUUACCGGAAAAAUCAGGAAUACAUAGCGAAACACUUCGGCUUUAUGCAAAAGCAGAUCGGCUACGACAUCUUGGCCGAAGACACCAUCACGGCCCUGCUACACAACAACAGGAAACUGCUGGAGAAGCAUAUCACGGCUUCGGAGAUAGAGACGUUUGUCGGCCUCGUCCGUAAAAACAUGAAGACGUGGCAGUCCCGAUUCCUGGACUAUCUGAGCGACCUGUGCAUAUCGAACAAGAAGGCCAUCGCCGUCACCCAGGAGCUGAUCUGCAAGAGUGUGCUGUGUGCCAACAACUCGGACAUUCUGAUCGAGACCAGAUUGGUCUCGACGAAAUAUGAAAAUACUAAAUCUAAAGACGGCGACGAUAAUGACAAGUAUACCAUUGAAGACGAAGUUAUUUUAUUGUGGAAUAACAAGAAGAAUUCAAGACUACUAUCAGAACUAGCGGCCGAAGCGAGAGUCAAUCCGAACAGCGAAUCGGCCGCCAUCUUGGAUUACUACCGCCACCAACUUGACCUGUUCUCAAACAUGUGCCUCAACCGACAGUACUUGGCCCUGAACAGCCUUUCUCCACAGCUUCAUAUACAUCUCAUAUUGAAAUGUAUGUCGAACGAGCAGCUGCCGUACGAGGUGCGCGCGUCGUUCUGCCGCCUGAUGCUGCACCUGCACGCCGACCGCGACCCGCAGGAGCCCGUCACCCCCGUCAAGUACGCGCGGCUCUGGACAGAGGUCUGCGAGCGGAUACACGUGCUGCAUUACCAGUGCGUGAAAGGCGGUCCAGAUGCAAAUCGUGAGAAGGUGAAGGAGCAGUUCGCUUCCACCAUCAGCUUCGUGGAGAACUACCUUUGCAACGUGGUGAAGAGGACCUGGUACUUCAGCGACCACGACCAGAACAAGCUGACCUUCGAGGUGGUCAAGCUGGCCAGGGAACUUAUUUACUUCGGUUUUUACAGUUUUAGCGACCUCCUUCGUUUGACUAGGACCUUGCUCAGCAUUCUGGAUUGCGUCACCGCUAUGGACUUGCUCAACGAGACCAACGCUCUCUCGGGAGAGGUGGAAUCUGACCAAGAAAAGGAGACGCCCAAACCCGAAGGCGGUGUAUUAAGAAGCAUAGGCGAUAUGGGCGCGGUAAUGACGUCCAUAACUCUAGGAUCUGUACCGAGGAAUCAAACGACCGGCGCGACCGGAGCCGGAACCGGUAUGCAGCGGUCGGCGUCAGCGCUGAUGCUGGCCAGGGAACAUCCGCUAGUCAUGGACACUAAACUCAAGAUCAUCGAGAUAUUACAGUUCAUCCUAGACGUGCGGUUAGACUACCGCAUCAGCUGCUUACUAUCGAUCUUCAAGAAGGAGUUCGAACAGAGCGCGGACAAGACCGCAGACAGCCUGGCCAAGGCUGAUGUCGAGGCCAUAGGGCUCCAGGCCGAGGGCAUUUUCAGCUGCCGGGACGGCUUAGACCUGGACGAGUGUGGAGGCCGAAUGGUGCUUCGCGUGUUACUCCAGCUGUGCUCCCAGGGCGCCUCCCCCGCGCUCGUGUCCGGAGCCCUGGCGCUCCUGUUCAGGCACUUCAGUCAGCGGCAGGAGGUCUUGGCUGCCUUCAAACAGGUCCAACUUUUAGUAUCGGACGCUGACGUGGAAUCGUACAAGCAGAUCAAGGCAGACUUGGACCUCUUGCGACAAAGCGUUGAGAAGUCAGAGUUAUGGGUGUUCAACAAAGGCAGGGCUGGCCUGAUGGAUGAUCAUUCUGGUUUGACAGGUACGGUUGGGCCCGGCGGGGCUGUUCUAGAGAGAAAUGCGUCGCUGGACAAUGUUCUGGAUACUUCCAGAACGACCAAGCACGACCAUAUGAACGAAUAUAAGAAGAUUAAAGAGAUUCUGCAGCGCAUGAUAAAGUACUGCACCCAAGGCAACAGCGGCGGCGGCGAGACGGGCCGGCCGCGGAGGCACGAGCAGCGGCUUCUGCGCAACAUCGGCGUGCACAAUAUAGUGCUGGACCUGCUACAGGUGCCUCACGACGAAGACGACGCGGCUAUGGAUGAGCUACUGGCUUUGGCACACGAGUUCCUUCAACACUUCUGUCUGGGGAACCAGCAGAACCAGGCCAUACUUCAUAAACAUCUGGAUUUGUUUCUCAAUGCUGGGAUUCGCGAAGCAGAAACCGUAUGCGCGAUAUUCAAAGACAACGCGACGUUGUGCGCUCACGAGGGCAACGAGAAGGUCGUGGCUCACUUCGUGCACUGCAUGGAGUCCCGGGGGCGAAGGCCUGCUUACCUGCGGUUCCUGCAGACCAUUGUCCACGCCGACGGACAGUACAUCCGCCGCAGCCAGGAUCUCGUCAUGCAGGAGAUGGUGAACGCCGGCGAGGAUGUGCUGAUAUUCUACAACGACAAGGUCUCAUUCAACUACUUCAUUUCUAUGAUGAAGCAGUACAAACAGACCAGUGAAAUGCCUGAGGCUUUGACAUAUCACAUCCAACUGGUGAAAUUACUCACGUGUUGUACGAUGGGAAAAAACGUGUACACCGAAAUCAAGUGCCAUAGUCUAUUGCCGUUAGACGACAUUGUCGCCAUGAUCACACAUCAGGAUUGUAUACCAGAGGUAAAAGAAGCGUACGUGGGCUUCCUGAACCACUGCUACAUCGACACGGAAGUGGAGAUGAAGGAGAUCUACUCCAGCAACUACAUGUGGGACCUGUUCGAGAGGUCCUUCCUCCAGGACAUGCAGGCGAUCCUCACAGACAUCGGCUCGCCGGCCGGUUCCUCAUCGUCAAAGGAGUCGUGGAAGUCAGCGGACACCCGUCGGGCGUGGGUCAACUAUGUGACCGACGUCCUGGUCCAGACUAUAUGCACUUUCUUCAAUUCGCCGUUCAGUGACCAAAGCACGACUGUACAGACACGGCAGUCGAUAUUCGUCAAGCUACUGCAAACGACAUUCAGCAUCUACCAAUGUCCGUGGCUGAGUCCGCCGCAGAAACUCAACGUGGAGAAGUGUAUUCGCACUCUCAGCGAAGUUGCAAAAUCGCGCAGCAUAGCUAUACCACUAGAACUAGAGGCCAAAAUACAGACGGUGUUUGAGAAGGCGGCCGCGCUGUCCCGGCAGACCAGCAAGUGGCUGUUGGCGUCCAAGACGUCCAAGCUGGAGAAGAUGCACUCGCAGUCAAACCUCCAGAACGACCGUUCCGUGAUGGAGGGCCUGCAAGAAAUAGUAUCGCUGUUGGAAGAACAGCUGAGACCCUUGCUACAGGCCGAGUUGUCCCUCCUAGUGGACAUCUUGUAUAAACCUCACUUGUUGUUCUCGAGCGGUGAGAGGGCCACUGACACCAGCGGUAUCUUCAUAUCUAGACUUAUUCGGCACACAGAGAAACUUCUAGAAGAGAAAGAAGAGAAGUUAUGUGUUAAAGUGUUGCGAACGCUGCGGGAGAUGAUGGCCGCCGAUCCGGAGUACGGGGAAAAGGGCAAUCAACUCCGCAGCAAGUUACUAUCGCAAUAUUUCGUGACCCGCAAGUCGGAGCCCAAGAUACAGCCUCCGCAGCCGCCCAUCACCGUCACCCACGGCCCCGGCGCCAAAGUUCUACUACGCACAGGACAAACUCUAGCCCAAGUGCAGGCGCAUUUAGACAAGGAAGGUGCCUCCGACCUGGUGGUAGACCUGGUCAUCAAGAGCACCAACCGCCCCGCCAUCUUCUUGGAGGCCAUACAACUUGGAAUCGCCCUCCUGGAAGGUGGCAACCCUAUAAUUCAGCACAGCAUAUACACAAAGCUGCAGAACGGAGAGAUCUCGCAGGCAUUCCUCAAGGUAUUCUACGACAAAAUGCGGGAGGCGCAACAAGAGAUAAGAUCUCUGGCCGCCAGCAGCACAGCCGCGACCGGCACCGAGAAACAACGCACCGGCCAUGCGGAGAAGAAGACGCAGGGAGCUGAUGGUGCAAGAGCCGGCGGACCGCCCGUGGUGGGCGAGGAGAUGGACGAAGAAGUAGCGAGCGCUUGCGGCUCCGCCGUGCACGCGUACUCCGACAUACACACCAUGUCACACGGUACAACGGUCCUCGAAGAGAUAAUGGCGGAGAAGAAACUGGAGCCGGGCAGCUCCGACGUGCUCCCCGCCAAGGUGUCGGUGAUGAGGCCCAUCCUGCGGUUCCUGCAGCUACUGUGCGAGAACCACAACCCGGACUUACAAAACCUUUUGCGCAAUCAAAACAACAAGUCGAACUACAAUCUAGUAUCCGAGACGCUGAUGUUCCUGGACUGCAUUUGUGGCUCCACGACCGGUGGCCUGGGCUUGCUCGGCCUCUACAUCAACGAAGGCAAUGUGGCGUUGAUCAACCAGACUUUGGAGACACUCACUGAGUACUGCCAAGGUCCAUGCCACGACAACCAAAACUGCAUAGCCACCCACGAAAGCAACGGUCUGGACAUCAUCACAGCUCUCAUCCUAAACGACAUCAACCCCCUCGGCAAGACGCGUAUGGACCUCGUUCUGGAGCUGAAGAAUAACGCCUCCAAAUUACUGCUCGCCAUUAUGGAGUCGCGUAAUGAUUCAGAAAACAACGCGGAAAGGAUAUUGUACAACAUGAAUCCUAAACAGCUGGUUGAUGUUGCGUGUUCGGCCUUCAACCAGGAGCACGCCAUGGACGCGGACUCCGACUGCGAGGACGACGCCCCCGUACAGGGCGUGUCUCCAAAGGAGGUGGGCCACAACAUCUACAUCCUGUGCCACCAGCUCGCCGGCCACAACAAGGAACUGGCCGCGCUAGUGAGAGCUUCCCCCGCGGGACACAACGCCCCCGCGCUGCAGUACUACCGGACUCACACGGCGCAGAUAGAGAUAGUCCGCACGGACCGCAGCAUGGAACAGAUAGUGUUCCCUAUCCCCGAGAUCUGCGAGUAUCUGCCAGCCGACAGUAAGCACAGAGUGCUGCAGAGCGCGGAGCGGGACGACCAAGGCAGCAAGGUCGCGGACUUCUUCUCCAGGUUGGACAACCUGUUUCAUGAGAUGAAAUGGCAGAAGAAGUUACGUGGUCAGCCCUUUCUGUUUUGGGUGUCGUCCUACAUGUCUCUGUGGAGCAACAUAUUGUUCAACUUCGCUGUUUUGAUCAACGUUAUUGUCGCAUUCUUUUACCCAUUUCAAGACGAAACGCCCAAGCUCGGGCAGCACCUCUCGCUGGUGGUGUGGCUGGUGUCGCUGUGCGCGGCGGCGCUGGUGACGUGGCUGCCGCGCUCGUCGGGCGUCCGCGCGCUGCUGGCCAGCGGGGUGGUGCACCUCAUGUUCUCGCUGGGCCCCGAGCCCACGCUGUGGUGCGCGGCCAUGCUGUGUAUCGUGGUAAAAGGCGUGCACCUGGUGAGCAUCAUGGGCAACCAGGGCACAUUGUCCAGGUCGACUUGGCUGGUGCUCACCGACCCUGAGUUACUAUAUCACAGUGUCUACCUCGGAUUCUGCUUUCUCGGCAUCUGCUGUCAUCCGUUCUUCUUUUCCGUUCUGCUGCUCGACAUUGUGUACCGCGAAGAGACACUACUGAACGUGAUGCGAUCAGUGACACGCAACGGGCGGUCCAUCCUCCUGACGGCCGUACUGGCGCUGGUGCUGGUCUACAUGUUUUCAAUUGUCGGCUACAUGUUCUUCAGGGACCACUUCCUGGUGGCGGUGGACAGGCUGGACGGCGAUGACGACCCUCGCUUCGAUUGGGACAAGUGCGGUGACGACCCCGCUUCCAAGUACAUGCAAUCCGACGGGGAAAGCUGUAAAAAGUCUUCUCGCUUCGUAUCCGUGGGCGGAGAGCUCCGGGAACGAAGCUGCGACUCCUUAAUCAUGUGCAUCGUCACUACUCUCAACCAGGGGCUGCGGAACGGAGGUGGGAUCGGGGACAUACUGCGCGCGCCAGCUAGCUUUGAACCGUUAUUCGUGGCACGCGUAGUAUACGACCUGCUCUUCUUCUUCGUCGUCAUCAUCAUCGUCUUGAACCUAAUCUUCGGCGUCAUCAUCGACACGUUUGCCGACCUCCGCUCCGAGAAGCAGCAGAAGGAGCUGAUCUUAAAGAACACCUGCUUCAUCUGCGGUCUGAACAGAUCAGCGUUCGACAAUAAGACGGUCUCGUUCGAGGAACACAUUAAGAGCGAACACAACAUGUGGCACUACCUCUACUUCAUGGUGCUGGUGAGGGUCAAGGACCCCACGGAGUUCACUGGCCCGGAGAGCUACGUUCAUUCCAUGAUUAAGUCAAACAACUUGGAGUGGUUCCCGCGGCUGCGCGCGCUGUCGCUGGUGGGCGGCGGCGAGGGCGAGGGCGGGGAGCUGGAGCUGCGCAACCUGCAGGCGCAGCUCGAGCGGGCGCAGCGGGCGGUGGGCCAGCUCACCGAGCUGCUCACCGAGCUCCGGGACCAGAUGACAGAACAAAGGAAACAGAAGCAACGCAUCGGCCUUCUAAACUCGACCUCUGCGUACUUGCAGAACUUGCAAAUGAACCUGCCACCGUGAGCUACACUCACUACGCAUGCGGGGGCGCGCGGUGCCAAGCAAUAGUAUCAUAGGAAAAUAUAGGUAACAUGACAUAUUGAGAAAUGGUUUCAAUUUAUAUUAGACAGACUAUGAUUAAGUCCGUAAUAGAAUGAUUUUUUUGGUAUAAUCUCGUUUCGCAUAACGUUUUGGUAUAAACUAGUUUAUAUAAUAUGACAAAACAAAAAUUUUAAAACGAGAUUUAAUUAAAUUAAAUUUAAAUAUGAAUUUAUUUAACUUGUAGUUUUUAAUACUUAACUUCUGGUUGUGAAACCAAUUGAAUUUAGAAGUGUUUAAAAAAAUUGUUUACUUGUUCAACAAGAAAUCUGUAAGCGAAUUUUUAAAUUAUAUUUGUUUUUAAAUAAAAUCUGUAGGCCAUUUCAAUAUGGCUAAAAUGAGCAGUUUAUCAUUAAAAAAUGUAUAUAAAACUAUAUAAACUUGUAGGGAGUUUGAUUAAAACUUACUCUUAUGUCUUUAUUUUAGAAUUCAACAAAUCGCGCGCCACCCCCCCUUAAUAUAAAUAUAAAUGCCGUACAUGUGAUAACCGCACAACCAGAUAUUUUUACUUUUAAAUCAUAACAUUUAAACUAUUUAAGACAGCUUUUAUUUUCUUUGACAGAUACAUAGUCUAAAUAAUAGUUACUUGGGCUUAAUCAAAUUUAUCUCCCAAGGAGUAACGUUAUGUAUCCUUGUUUUUUUUAUACGACUAGAAAGGGACAGCGAACGAAAGGCAGUUAGACUGAUCUUAAUUUUACGUCAAUUUUUAAAAGCCGCAUUCAUACACUAAUAUUAUACCCUAAUAGUUGCCAAAAUGAAUACUAGAUGUACUCUUUAGAACUUUGAACUUAGGGCCGUAUAUACUUAAGAGUCUUUUUUACUUAUUAAUUUUAAUAACUGUCUGUUUCUCUCUAUACCUCAGACAGAAAGGGAUAGCAUGAGGUAAUUAUGGUAUCUUAAAAGCCAAGUGUUUUUGGACGUUGAAUUAUUUAUAUAAAAAUAAAUCUAUGUAAAGAGGUAUUGUAAUGAAUAAAUAAAUAAUUUCAACAAUGAUUGUUAUCUGAACAUAUCUAUAUGAUAUUUUUAAAGGUUUACCUUAAGCGAAGGAUUUGAGAUUUAGAUAAAUUAGAAUUAUCCUUAAUAGAGCCUUAACUUCGCGUAUAAAUUUAGAAAAAAAGAAAUUCCUUGCAAUAAAGUAGAAUUCUAAAGUAUAUAUGAAUGUUAUUUAGUAAUCUAUACUAUCCGGCUCUUAUUAACUUUUGUCUAGUGACUUGAACAAAUUGACGUCAAAUACCUAUCUAUAUUUAUGAACAAAUGUCUGUUUGUUUGUAAUGUUGUGUUCAUAGAUUAGUGACUGUUGACGGAGGAGCUUACAGGUUUCAAAAAAAGCUCUUUAUUUAUAAUCAAAUAAGUUAAAUAUAUGAAUUACAGUAGUAAUGUCAAAAUCGUAAUAAUAAAUGUUACAAAUUUAUUACACAAUUAUGUAACAGGCGCGCUACAUUUUUGACCAUUAAUCUGAUUUAUUCUUAAAUAGAAAAACAAAAAUUUCUUUAUUAUUAAAGUCAUUUUCAAACAGGAGGAGUAAUCUUAAUUUGCGAUUUGAAAACAAAUGAAUACUUUCAAA